AGAGGAGGUGUGGCUGAAUUUUGACAUUUUCCCCUGCCCAGCUAGAAGGGAAAGUCCAGCUCACUUCACCCUGAGAGAGGCAAAGUGAGAGCAGCUCUACUUCUUCAUCUUCCAUCUCCAUCAUCCUCCUCCACCUCUUUCUCUAAUGGCGGCCGCCUCCAAACCCUCUCAGACGGCGAAGAACGUGGUCCUCGCGCUGCUGGCUCUGUGGUCCGUGGUGUCGUUGAUCAUCAUCGUGGUGUGGGCGACGUCUCCGGACCUGAAGAGCUCUGCUCGGUGUCGGGCUGAGAUGCAGGAGGUCACGGAGAAACUGGAAGGAGCCAAGGUGGUUUACGGCAAGAACAAAGUGGCUCUGGAGGAGCGGCUGGAGGAGACCAGGGAGCAGAGGGACGUCCUGAGAGCAGACCUCCUGGUGAUGGGGGGACGACUCAACGCCACUAACGCCACGCUGGAGGAGUGCCGGCUGGAGAACGUGGUCCUGAACUGGAACAUCAGCGAUCUGCAGGAGAAGGUGGAGCUGCUGCGUCAGACGGAGACCAACCUCACGGCUCAGACCGUUCUGCAGGAAGAUCACAUCGAGGCGCUGCAGCAGAACGUGACGGAGGCGGGUCAUCAGACGGAGUCGUGCUCCAGCCUGCAGGCGGCAGCAGAGAGUCAGAUGCUGGCGGCUCAGAGUCAGACCCGGGCCUGUGAGUCCAGACAGCAGUACCAGCAAAAACAGCUUCAGAAGUGUAAAGAGGUGGAGUCAGAGGCUCCUCAGCAGGAGCUGGCGGGCGGAGGAUCCUCUGCCCCCCCGACUCUCUCUGGGAUUCCUGCUCUGAUGCUUCUGCUCUGCAGCGCUCUGCAUCUGAUAACCUGAGCUCAGCGCGGCGGCGUCCUGUCAAUCGACGCGAGCACUGAGGACCGCAAUGACUGCUGUACACACACUUCCUGUCUGCGUGACACACUUCCUGUCUUCGGGACACAACAGACACAUCGCCAUGGAGACGCUGACGUGACGAACGAUUGGACAGAAAACUUUGCUUUGACUUGAACUGAUGAGACGUUCACUGACGCCGCCGCUUCACCACUGUUUGAUUUUUUAGAGUUUAUUUUCUUCAUGAAGCUUAGCUGCUGCUUUUUUAACUUCCUGCUGAUGCUUUGUCACACUUUAGCCUGUUUUAAUAUUAAUUAUUCAAGUUUAAUCCUCUGUCUUUACUUCUUACUGUUAUUUCUCCUGAAAAUCCACAUGCUGAGAAUAGAGAUGUCUGCACAGUAAAUGUCCUGAAAACGCCAGAGGUAGAAGAAGUAUUAAAACCUCAAGUUAAAGUCCUGCAUUCAAAAUGUAACUUUGGUUAAAAUACAAAAGUAUUAGCAUUCAAAUAUAACUACACUUAACUUGAAUACUUGAGUCCCAUAUCUGAUAAAGCACUUUUCACCAGUGAUAAGCCUACGUGCUGCAUUCAAGAACUCUAUACUGUAUAUUUUACAGUGAAUCAUUCAUUUGCAGAAUUUCUCUGCUUCUUCUUAAACAGAGAGGAAGUGAACCUUUUCAAAAUGAGAGCAGACAUGAUGAUUCUCCUCUCUGCUGGUUUAUUUAACCCUCCUGUUGUCUUCGGGUCAAAUCUGACCGAUUUACUACUUUACAUAUAAAAUAGCUGAUUACCACUUCCAUUGAAUUUUGGAUGAUUUAGUCAACUUUGUAACACCCAUGGUGUUCCAGGUCCCACACACACACACACACACACACACACACACACACACACACACACACACACACACACCAGAGGAAAACACACAGGAGCUCGCCAACAGUCACACGUACACUGUGUAUCAUGCUGCAUUCAGGACAUGUUUUUAAAAGCAAAUAUACGUAAUGUGUUUUUGAAAUAUUACAGUGCUUCAUUGAUGGAUUAUAAGGAGCAAAAGUGUCAAGGCCUGCCUUUGACCUUCAUCUGUAUAAUGUUGCUUUAAUAGACACAUACCAACCAGGACAAGACUCAAAACGUCUACAAAGAAACAUGAAUAGACUACAAAGAGACACAAAAUGACUGCAAAAAAGACCGAAAGUGAAAACAAAGAUAUAACAAUUACCACAAAUAGGCCCAGAAUUAUUAUUAAAAAAACUGCAGAGACACAAAAUGACCACAAAGACACAUAAACGACUACAGGACUCACAAAACAACAA